AUGGACUUGGAUAGACCCCAUUUUCGUAGUGGAAGCAUAAACUCUACAAGUGAGCUUCUCAUUUGCUUUGCUUCUGGCUUAACAUCUUCAUCAUCCAUGAAAUUUUCUAAGUCAAUCCUCAGCCCGGGCCGUGCCCGUGACGGUUCAAUCUCUCUCUCCACCUCUCUCAGCCGCCGCCUCCGCAAUGGCAGCCUCAAAGGUGGCCAAGCAUCGCCGUUUUUAGCUAACAACGGUAAAAAAAGAGGAUGCGGUUUUGAAAACCCAGAGCCCUCUUCCCCUAAAGUCACUUGCAUUGGCCAGGUGAGAGUGAAGACUAAGAAAAAGGUGAAGCAAGCUAGAAAGGGAAAUGGAGAAGUUGGGUUGCACCCAAAUGAAGAAAGAAUUUGCAGUGCACAUUAUCAGCAUCGACAAGACAGGAAUCAGAGAUGGGUUCAUUUACCAGUUACAAUUUGUGAGUCAUUGAGCUGUUUGUUUCCGUGCAAAUCUUCGUGUUUUUCAACGAGCGAAAGGGAGAAGGUAGAGAAGGUGAACGGAUCCAGAGUAAACGAGGAUGGACAUAUUUCAUGCGGUGCGGUGUUUACUAGGUGGUUGGUUUCUUUGAACGAUGGCGAGGGAGGGAGGAGGAGGGCGAUUGAGCUGGUUAUGGGCGGCGGAGAUGAGGAGGAGACGACGGAGGUAAGGGAGAAAAUGUCGAUGAAGAGUUCAAGAAGACAUGUUUUUGAGGAUAUUGAGAUUAAGGAUGAUAGAAUCGAAAUAAAUGGUCAG